AUGGCCUCGAAUGCGUGUCUGAGACACGAGGUCAUUCGGAUAUACAAAGAGUUGCUUUACUUGGGCCGGGAAUAUCCAUUGGGUUAUGAUUACUUCAGGCCCCGACUCCACAAGGCCUUUGCGAGCCAAGCAGGCCUUCAGGAUGAAGAGCAAAUUCGACAGGGCAUCAAACGAGCCGAGUUCGUGAAGAAGGGUGAGUCCUCCAAUACUUUGGUGGCUUGCGUGUAG